ACCUCUUUCUCUCUCUCUACCUUUCCCUUUCUUUGCCUUUCUCUGUAACCCGAUGAAUCCCUAUUAUCUAUUCUAUAUGUUGUUCAUCCUCUGUAGCUGCCCUUCAAUUUACCCAUCAAAAGCUAGUAAUCGAUUCCUUUCUCAUCUGCCUCUCUCUAUUCUUCUGCUUCUUUCUAUUACCCACUUCUCUCUUUCUAAACUAACAAAGUGGAAAGUGGCAGGAAAGCUCCCCUGAAGCUACAUAAUCGGCCAGUCCCUUUCUGUUCUGGCUCUUCAAUCUUUCUUUUCAAGUGAAAGAGAAAAAGGGAGGGGGAAGAAUGUAUCUCCUCUCACCCACUCAUUUCCCCUCCGUUGAUUCCGAUCAAGAGGGGACUACAAGGAUCUGGUUAUGGCUAGCUGGAGGCAGGGAUGUUCCGGCGAUCAGAACGAAAUGGAUAUGGUUACGGCUUAGCGGAAGCAUGCACCCCCAGAAUCCCGGCCUCUCGCUCUUUUUCGCGGCAGUGACGGAAACGGUCAGAUCCAUCGUCCCCGCCUCUCUCCCACUGAAUCUUAGGGAUGUCUCUCCUCGUCAAUGA